AUGCGCCUGAACUCCAUUCUUGUCGUGGUUGUGGCCACUUUCGUCGUGAGUUGCGACCCCGCCACUGCUGCCGAGCGGUCGGAACAUACCCAGCUCUCGACCCUUACGUCGGUCAACGCCGCCCCUAUGAAGAACGCGCGGUUCCUGAGAAGCGCCAGGACGGAGGAAGAGGAAAACGAGGAAGAGAGAAAAAUCCCCAGCUACCUCACCCACCCCCUACUCGCCCCGGAGAAGCAAGUGGUGGCGGCUGCGAAAGCUGCGGAGAAGGCGACCAAACUGACGAAGUAUGAUGACGAAAUUCUGACCAACCUCAUGAAAAUCGACGGCGGGAUGAGUAGGUUUAUGCGGUGGCAGAAGAAAGAAUUCACGCUUGCCAUUGCGAAGAAGAUUUUGACGGAGUCGAAGGUCAGGCCAAACGGCCCGGAGUGGCAGACGUACUACCAGUACUUGGCUGCGAUCUUGAGGCAGAACCACAAGGUUAACUAA